CAUCAACAAAGUACGGUGUAUAUGGUUGUAAAUGGUUCCAUUUGGGACUUAUAAUGACGUGUUUUGCAUCCUUGUUUGAAUUCCAACCUAUUAAUUCAAUAAAUAUUUUAUAUUUGCUUCAGUAAGACAUAGCUUUAGUAGAGUCUUUAUUGAUAAUCGAGUUUGUAUGCAAGGGGAAAACGCUUAGAGAAAUGAGCAAUAUGUUUUAUAUCCUGGUUAGAUAUCUGACUUCGAUGGAAUUAUAUAUAUAGAAGAUGGCACUAUGAUUCAGUGAAAUGUGUUAAGAAGUUAGUUAAGGGUUCUAAUGGUUUAAAACUUUAUUCCUAUAGACAGCUAUGGAAACGAACUAAUUUUCGUUUAUGAGCAAAAUGGAGAGUGAGUUAUGGUUUGUACAAUGGAAAUUACGAAACUUUUAUGCCAGCUUCUCAUAUUGUUUUUAAUGGUUUGUCUCGUUCUAACCAGCGAUGGAAUUGAAACAAUUGAUGUAGGGCGUUAUGCCGACCCCGUCAAAUGUUAUGAGUGCCUAUCUUACUCACAUUCCAAUAAUAACUAUUGUGGAGAUCCAUUCAACGCAAGCCAUCCUAACGUCAACCAUUCUCUCUGUCGUGGACAAUGUGUCAAAUGGGUUCGAUCGCCAGUUCCCGGUGUUUACAGAUAUCAACGUACUUGCUCAGAUAACCUGCGAAUUUUAAUGACUAUUCAUUUAGUGUGUAUGGAAGAAUCAAGACCUGGUACGGGACGAAUUUGUUUUUGUGAGAAAAAUGACUGUAACGCAGCGAAUAGUAUUAGAAAAUGGAACAUGUUUUUUAUAGUUACUGUUACAUUGUUAUUGAAAAUUGUAUUAUAAAUUUUAUAAUGCUCAAUUGAAAAUGUAUCAAGUUAUAAGUAUUAUACAGCACUGUAUAAUAUGAUAUUCAUCGAAUAUGCAUGAACUAGUUUCCACUAGACACUUAGCAAGUCAAAAAUCACAGUUCGUUUUAAGUUAAACUGUUAUUUCAAGUAUAUUUAAUACUGUAUUUUAUUCUGGAAAAACCUCAACCAAUACUUAAUUCUCGAAACACGUCUUCCAAUAGAUAUUUGACGAUUCAAGCCAGAAGUCCUAACAGAAUUUAUCCAUUAUUCCUUUUUUGUUAGUUCACCUGGACCAAAGGGCCAAGUGAGCUUUUCUCAUCACUUGGCGUCCGUCGUACGUCGUCGUCGUUUUCCCAUUAACUUUUACAAAAAACUUCUCAUCUGAAACUAUAGCCAUAGGACCAAAUUUAACCAAACUUUGCCACAAUCAUCAUUGGGGUAUUUAGUUUAAAAAGUGUCCGAUGACCCCGCUUGCCAAUCAAGAUGGCCGACAUGACUAAAAAUAGAACAUAGGGGUAAAAUGCAAAUUUUUUUCUAUUAUUUUGAAAACCGUUAUAAAAAGAGACAAUCUGACAGGGGCAGGAAUGUUAAGAAUGUUGAGCUCUACCAAUUGUCUAUUUACGUAAAAAUUGUCAGGGGACGUCUUAUAGAAGUAAUUGCCCUUAAUUGACAAAUUUUACCAUUUAUUUUCAUAUUGCCUUUUAUCUUGAAACUAUAAUAGAUAGGGAGAAAAUUUAAUAUGCAAAAAAGAUAAGCAAGACAAGAUCUAUAAAUAAGUCAUAUGGCCGAAAUCGUCAGUUGACUCUUUAUUAGAGUUAUUGCCCUUUGAUGUCAUGAAUUCUAUUCUCAUCUACAAUAUUGGAGAGUGUCCUUUGUUGAAUAUACACAUAGACCUGAGCGACACGUACACGUCAGGCUCUGUAGAGCCUCUAGUUUUUCUUCUAUUUGUUGUAAUCAGCGCACAGUUUGUGGUAGAUAUGCUAAUGCAACUCGUGAACUCUGUUUAUAUCUGCUGGGUUUUUUCCGUAUUGAAACGAUCAUGUUUUUGUUUUCUUUUGAAUGAAUGCUUAUUUAACAAAAGUAUAAUCCUGUGUAUGUAAUGGUCGUCGCCUUCUUUAUAUGACCUCUAAAUUUGUCUCAAAACUCCACAAAAAACCAAUGGGAAGACUUCUUUGAUGAAUCUUAGUGUGGUGUUGGGCUGCAUUGAAAUCAUAAUGGUUUUAUUUGCCUAAUGAGACGACCUUUAAACUUAACAUAAUUCACGCAAAAUGAGAAUUCUCAUUUUUUGUAAUGAAUCUACUUUUUUCGAGUGAAGAUUUGAAAAUAAAAAAUAUAAUAUGGUCACAUAAGAAAUUUUGUCUGGAUGACUUACAGUUGACAUAAAUUCAGCUAUUGGACAUUGACAAUCACAUAUAAUUGACAGUUUUCGUCGUUGAAUACUGCAUUGUAUAUAAUAUGAGAACUUAAUAAUCAUGUACGAGUUUUGUUCUGUUGAUAAUUACAGAAAUUGAACCGAAAAAAUGCAUGCUAGAAUAAUAAUACUUUUUCAUCAGCAUUAGUGGAUAAAUAAAUCCUCAGACUUGCAAGGUGAGGCUUUAUACAUGUAUGGGGAAUCAUUUCCAUUUUUUGCCUGAAGGGUUUUCAAAAGGGAUUUUUAUUGCAUUUUGUAGCCUAGAAAGUAUAAAUUAUGUAUUAUCGGGGUUUUUUUUAAUAACAGUACAGGCUAUAUAGAAAAUAACAAUAAAAACAUCGCAUUAAAUCUAUGUAAUAGUUUGAAUUAUGAAAUAUUGCCCUGUGACUUAAUUUAAGGUCUAAGUAUAUAAAAAGUUUUAUUUGUACAAUCAGUCUAAUGCCUUUCGUUGAAUUUAUCAAUUUAUAAAUUAUAAAUAUGUAAUUUAUAUUAAACACUGGAUAAAAAGAAUGAUCCCUUGAUCUUUCAAGGUUAAAUUGUUAUUUGUGAUAUUAAAGUGGGUAUUUUUAGGCUCCUUUGAGCCUUUUGUUUAUAUACAUCUAGUUGAUAAUACGAAAAAAUUGCAGAUUUUAUUAAUACGUAGAUAUGUUAGUUACAAGUAUUUAUAAAUAUUUAAUCAGUGUUCAGCAUGUCCAGAACUGUAAUAAAUAUUUUAAUGACAGCCAGAUAUGAAUUCAUAAAUCGAGGCGCACUAGAGUAUCAACUGUUUUUUUUGUUAUUAAAUAACUUUAAUACUGUCAAGUUUUUCUGUUAUAUCGUACCUGAUUGUUACUGAAAUAUAAACGACGGUUUAUUAAUACAUUUCAAUUUCUAUGUCCAAUUUGAAAUUAUCAUGUCCAAUCUUUUUGUAAAGCAACGCUUUCGAAACAAGAAGUAAAAAUGGUCGUACUAGUCUUGCUUAAAAUGUUAUUUUCAUCUGUUUUUUUUUUUAAUAAUUUCUGAAAUUUCACAAAUGUUUAAGAUCAUUUGCGUUUAGUAACUUUGCAUGGAAAAUAAAGUUGAUGCGAAUUUAUCUUUUUAAUGUUUCAGUUUGAACACUUAUAUCUAUAUAUAUAUAUUGCAUUUUUAUCAAAAGUAAGCUGAACACAUGGUUAAGGUUUAUACAUCAAAUAGUUUUUACAAUGCUAGUUGUAUAAGCAUUAUUUUUUUUAAUGGCGAUCACUUACACAUGUACACAUGUAUAUUAAGGAGUUAUUAUUUACGGUAUUGGAACAAUAAAAUGUUAGAUAAAUCGAAAUAAGUGAUAGUAUAUAUAUAAUGCCCAAUUAUUUUAUUAAUAUACAUGCAGUUGACAUCAUUCAUG